UUUUUCAUUGCCGAAAUGCAACCGGUCCAUUAUGAAUAAUAUAUUAUUUUAACAAAGUAGACCUUAAAUAAAUUUUACAGUUAUUCUUAAGAGACUAGGACAGAAACUGUAAAGGACAAGCCAGAAGUGAGACGAUCUUAUUCUGAAUAUCUAUAAUGAAAUGUCCUUCAGAGGACGCGGGAAUAUUCUACCCGAUCAAUCCUCUUGUGCCCGGCGUGACUUGGAGUCGGCUUUCUCAAACAAGCGGAAUUCAGAUAUAUUUUUUCACCCCUUGAAAUGCAGGGUCUAUUACUUAAGACUGUGCUCCACCACGCCAGGGUAACACGGUCUGGGCUAUGCUGCCUCGUGCCACACAAGCUGUGUAAGAGCUCCCCUGAUGCUUUUGAGAACAUCCCUUCAAUUUCUUGUCAGUGGUUGACCACCUCCUUACCACGCUCUGCUGCAGAAGAGCAGAAGAAAAGUAUUAAAGACCAAACUGGGUCUUCUAAUCAAGAAACGUAUCAUGUAGAUGAAUCAAAAGAAAGUAAACAUUUUGUAAACACUAGUGCAAAGCCAAAUUCGCCGGCAGAUUCGCUGCAAGAAGAAAAUGUUGAGAAAGACCCACUGAGUGACCAAUCCAUUGGCAUCGUUCAAAGGUUUAAGAAAACAUUUAAGCAAUAUGGAAAGGUGAUGAUACCAGUUCAUCUUUUAACUUCCACUAUGUGGUUUGGCUCAUUUUACUAUGCUGCUAUGAAAGGUGUAAAUUUAGUGCCAUUUUUGGAGUAUAUCGGUAUGCCUGAAAAUUUAGUAAAUUUACUGAGGGACUCCCAAAGUGGAUAUGCACUUACUGCUUAUGCAAUGUAUAAGAUUGCUACACCUGCCAGAUACACCGUAACACUAGGGGGAACUUCCUACACAGUUAAGUAUCUCCGGAAGCAUGGCUACUUCUCCACACCACCACCUGUCAGAGACUAUAUACAGGACAAAAUGGAAGAAACGCGAGAACGAUUUACUGAGAAAAUGGAGGAAACCAAAGAUCGAUUUUCUGAAAAGAUGGAAGAGACCAAGGACAAGAUCUCUGAAACCAAAGAAAAAUUAUCUGAAAGAUUUCAGGAAACUAAAAACAAGGUUGGAUUUAGGAAAAAAAAAGAAUAAGUAUGUUAAAGUCAGAUGAUGGCAGAGCACUUAAUGCUUUACCGCAGACAUAAUGGGCAAAUCUCCAUGUUGUGAUUUUGUCUUUUGCAACGAUCCACUACUUCAAAUAAUAUUUUUUAAUAUCUUUACAUCAUAGAAUUUUGUGCCACAUUAAUCAAAUAUUUAUUUUAAAUAGCAACUGAUUUGUGGUUUAUGCUCAAGUGAAUUAUGAUUAUAAAGGCUGCUCUUUUAAGGAAUUCCUGGUAUAUUGAUUGCACAAAUACAACUGAGCAGUACAAAAGUAAGAGCAAAAACAAUCUGUUCUAGGACAGGUGUUUUUAUAUUUUUUUUCCUUAUUACGUUUGCAUUUUGUUUGAGAUAUAAUCAUUGUGCACAAUAUAUGUUCACUUUUAUGUGUCUACACAUAUUGUGGCUGGUACAAAUUACUGAUACAUUAGUAAGACUGCAGCUAUUUGAUAUUCCCAUGUGUUAGUGAAGUUACAGACUGCCAGCUUGGUGAUUCAGAAAAUUCAGUUUGGAUAACCCUGUACGUCAUCGGCAAAGAAAUGUUUUUUUGGAAAGUCUCUUCAUAUUUGCGUUGGAGCUAUCAAUGCGUUGUUUUCCAUUUUUGUAAUCGCUGUGGAGUCCUCAUUAGUGGAUUAUGGAGUGGCGAUAAAAACUUAAGAAAGGAUACACUUUGCUUUCCUAGUCUAGAAUGGCAGACAUUCUCAGCAAAGUGCUUACCUAGUAAACAAGAGGUUUGAAACACAAUCCCAUCACUGUAAACAUGUAUAACGACAAACACUGCAUGUCUUGUUGGUGCUUCUUCUAUGCAUACCAAAUUUUGAAAUUUGUUUUGUUUCAGAACACUCAUUUGGUGGACCACUGACAGAGUAUAUGUAUAUGUGGUAUAUGAUGAAAAGACGGGCUACCCAAUAACUCUUUUUAAAUCUCAACAUAAUGCAUUUUCAGGAUAUGUUUUCUUGAAUUAUGACAUGGUCUUAGUG